AUGGGUCUUGGUAAUACUAUUGUGGAAAAAAAUGAAUCCUCAAACCAAGACCGUGCCAAAGCUAUGAUUUUUCUUCGUCAUCAUUUAGAUGAAGGAUUAAAAUCAGAGUAUCUUACUGUUAAAGAUCCUCUUGUCCUUUGGCGAGAUUUGAAAGAAAGAUUCGACCACCUGAAGUUGGUCGUUCUUCCAAAAGCCCGAUAUGAUUGGCUUCAUUUACGGCUGCAAGAUUUUAAAUCUGUCAACGAAUAUAAUUCAGCCAUGUUCAGAAUCACUUCUCAAUUAUCAUUAUGUGGCAAAAAAGUCACUGAUAAAGAUAUGUUAGAGAAAAUAUUUUCUACUUUUCAUGUCUCUAACAUGCUCCUGCAGCAGCAAUAUCGAGAGAAGGGAUUUAAAAAAUAUUCUGAACUUAUUGCAUGUCUUCUCUUGACUGAACAAAACAAUGAAUUGUUGCUGAAAAAUCAUGAGUCCCGACCAACUGGUGCAAGUCCAUUCCCUGAAGCGAAUGCGACCCAAUUUCAAAAUUCUAGUCGACGUCGUGGACGUGGCCGUAGAGGUGGUUGUGGAGGAGGCCGCGGACGUGGUCGUGAUCGUGGCCGUGGACGUGAUCGUAGUAAAUUUGUGUCCCGUGAAAAUUUUAACCGUGGCAAACAACAAAAUGUUUUCCAAAAAAGGGAAAAUAACUACGAUCAGAAAAAUGGAGAAAAGAAAGUUUAUGAAGAAAAAUGCUACCGGUGUGGUAUGGAAGAUCAUUGGUCCCGUACCUGUCGUACGGCUGAGCAUCAUGUUGACCUCUAUCAAACAUCAUUGAAAAAGAAAGACAAAGGUGUUGAAACAAAUUUCAUUGAUCAAAAGAAUGACUAUGAUGAUGGUGAUGAUGCUGACAUGACACACCUCGAUGUUGCUGAUUUUUUUGAGCAUCCUGAAGAUGUCAACAAAUAUCCCAUGAUUAUUUAG